AUGCACAAACUCUUCCCUGGCAGCGGCUUCUUCGAUUUCGAGGCCAUUCGCAUCCUCGGUACCACAGUUUAUGGCGGGGCUGAUGUCGCAGAAGUCCUCGAGGCAGUUGGAGAAAUCAAGCCAGGAGACCCCGUGUCCUGGGAAAGGGCCUGGCGAACGCAGGCGUUGCGGGCCGAAGAGCUUGCAGAUGAAGCCCACCGCCACGGCGAUCGCGAUGCAGCCAGACGGGGUUACCUCCGCGCGGCAAACUACACUCGUGCCAGCGGAUACAUGUAUGUGUCUACCUCAACGGGUAAUGGAGAGUCUCUUGCCCAGGACGCAUGCUCCGUCGCGGAAAAAGUUCGCACAUUAUUUCGCAAGGCCUUGCCGCUGAUGGACGGGCAGGUACAUCGCCUAUCUAUACCGUACGAUGAGUAUCACUUGCCAGGAUACUUAUAUCUUCCACCCGUCGACCGAAAGAUAAAGGGGAGGAAGACGCCGAUCCUCGUCAAUUGUGGCGGGGCUGAUUCCUGUCAGGAAGAACUUUACUUUCUCAAUCCUGCCGCAGGGCCCGGAAUGGGAUAUGCCGUCCUGACCUUUGACGGGCCCGGCCAGGGUCUGAUGCUCAAGCAGUACGAGGUCACCAUGCGGCCGGAUUGGGAGACGGUAGUCGCCCAAGUCAUCGACUACUUGGUCAAAUUCAGUUCUCAACACCCCGAGUUGGAUUUAGACUUGGACAGCAUCGCUGUUUCAGGUGCAUCCAUGGGCGGCUACUUCGCCCUUCGGGCAGCGGCAGAGCCCAGGGUCAAGGCAUGCAUAUCCAUCGAUCCUUUCUACGACAUGUGGGAUUUUGGAACGGCUCAUGUGUCCCCGAUUUUCAUAUCGGCCUGGACAAAGGGCUGGAUAGGCCACGGCUUUGUAGACCGGAUGAUAGGGUGGCUGUCUGCUGUUUCUUUCCAGCUAAAGUGUGAGAUAUCCAUCACCAGUACGUUGUUUGGCUUGUCUUCACCGGCAGGGAUCCUCCAGCACAUAAAGAAGUAUACCUUCGCCAGCGGCAGCGAGGACGGGACGAGCUUUCUCUCCCACGUGACCUGCCCAGUUCUCGUCUCUGGAGCUGGAAAGUCUCUAUAUAUGGACGUAGAUAAUCACACUAGGCGUUGCUUUGAGGCUUUAACCAAUGUGCCUCCACAGAAUAAGGAGAUAUGGGUGCCUGAGAGCGAUGGCCAAGGGAGUCUUCAGGCCAAGAUGGGGGCUUUGGCCUUGUGCAACCAACGAACAUACCAGUUUCUGGACAAGGCAUUCGGCAUAAUUAGAGAUCCGUUAUUGUAA